AGAUUUUGUGAGCUGCGUGGCUUCAAGUUUUCGUUCACUGACCUCAACUUUGGAUUUCUUUCGGUAUCUUACGGUUACAAGUGAACAUUUCCAGCCAUCAAAAGGCAGCAUUUGAUAGACCGAGUUGCAACUUUCAAGCUGGUUAUGAAUUUUUAUUCCAAUUUGUAUCAUCACGUGCCAACUUUCCAGUUUGUGGUCGAAACAGAUGCUCCUACAUCCUGAUCACUUGAGGUAGAAAUACUAUCGCUAGAAGGACAAACGGAUCAAGUUGGAUUUGUUCGUUCACUGUUAAAUGCAAAAUUCCACGCUGGAUUAAUCUGGGAAUUGACAGUGUGUGUUUUAUUUGACUGUAGAAGUUCAGCCUGCCCUCAAGAAGAAACUCCAGCUCCCCAUGUCCGGUGACCCUUACACCUUUACCAGUGAUUCUCUCCCCGCCGACCACCGCUUCCUGCCUCCGCUUGCCAACGGGCUAUUGGGAUGGCGGGUGUACAACAGUACCAUGCACAUGGGAAGCGUGUACAAUGGGGGUCGGGGAGAAUGCCACCGUGCCGAAGUUCCUUGUCCUCUAGCUGUGACGGUCGACACAGAGGAAGUUGGUCAAGACUCCUACACCCUCGAUGCCCACACAGGUGUUUUCACACACACACUGACCUCACCCAGCGUAACAAUCUUCCAGUCGUUCUACUCUCACCGCUGCCACUCCAACCUGAUGGCGAUGGAGAUUCUGUUGGUGCGCCAUGUGACUUCAGAGGUGGCGUACACAGUGAAGCUAGCCACUUCCUUCACCCCUCAGAGCAAAGACAUUGAUUUUCAGGCUUCUGCUGACUACAGAGGUGGGAGCCACAUUCAAGGGCACACACACACCGCAGAGUUUCCAGGAGGCCCCUGUCCCAUGGUUCACCUCAUCUGGACCCCCAUUCCCUCCAGCCUAACGCUGCCACCUGCGCAAAGCCAAAAACGCUGGUGCUUCAUUGUGGUGGUGGCGGACUCUUUGAGCGUCGCAGAGACCAGUUUUGAUGAGGGCCUCGAGCUGAUGGCGACGGGUGGGCUGCGCCGCACUCAUGAAGCAGCAUGGAAGGAGCUGUGGCUGAAGAGCAAAGUGGAAGUUGUGGGGUCCGAGCGCCUCUUGAAAGCUGUGAUCGGCUGCAUGUUCUACCUCCUCAGUGCCUUUCCCUCCAUCCAUGACCCAACCGACUUUUUUGGCGGCGUCAGUCCAGGUGGACUGUCGAAUGGCUCGGACGCACAGGAUUAUUGGGGUCAUGUCUUCUGGGACCAGGAGAUCUGGAUACUUCCCACAGUCGCUUUAUUCUACCCCAAGCUGGCCCGUGCAGCACUGGAGUACAGGGUGCGGACUAUCGACGGAGCAAAAUACAAUGCUCAAAAGCAGGGAUACAAGGGGCUGAAGUUGGCCUGGCAGAGUGCCAUGUCAGGGAGGGAGAUGUGCGCUGACGAUAUUUACGGAGAGCAAGAGAUCCACAUCAAUGGAGAUAUCGCACUGGCCUUCCAGAAUUAUUACUACCUCACUGAGGAUCUGACAAUGUUCACAGAUGGACAGGGGAGUCAACUGAUAUGGGGCGUAGCUGAUUACUGGGUUUCCAGGGUAACCUGGAGCCCCGAUGAUCAGAAGUAUCAUCUCUUAGGUGUCAUGCCACCAGAUGAGUACUACUCCAAUGUCAACAACUCUGUCUACACAAACACAGUGGCCAAAUUAAGUCUGCAGUUUGCUGUGUUAUUAGCUGAUCUUCUCAAACAUCCUGCACCAAAGGAAUGGGAAGAUAUCGCAGACAACCUCCUUAUCAAUUUUGACCAACAAUCUCGAUACCAUCCUGAGUUUGAAGGCUAUUCUAAAGGUUAUCCAGUGAAACAGGCCGACGCUGUGAUGCUGAGCUAUCCUCUUGGCCUGCCCAUGUCACCUGAGAUUAGAAGAAAUGAUCUUGAAGUGUAUGAAAUAGUAACCGAUCCUCAUGGACCAGCCAUGACUUGGGGCAUGUUUGCGAUUGGUUGGCUGGAACUGGGGGAUGCACAGAAAGCUCAGCGUUUGCUUGAGAAGUGCUUCAGAAACAUUCAAGGACCGUUCCAGGUGUGGAGCGAGUCAUCGGACGGUACGGGCGCAGUUAACUUUCUUACGGGCAUGGGAGGAUUCCUGCAAGCCGUUGUGUUCGGUUACAGCGGCUUCAAGGUUCAGAAGGAAUGCUUGGCCUUUUCCCCACUUCUGCCCGAUGACCUGAGUGAGCUCUCCAUCUGUGGUGUCAGCUACUUAGGCCAUCAGUUGGACUGGUUGUUUCGCAGAGAUGAGGUGUGCGUCAUACUGAGGGAGCAGGAAGGCAGUGCUGCCAGUGCUAAGAAGUGUGAUCUGCAGGUGAUCCUCAAGGCAACUGGGACUAAAAUCCCUUUAACUCCAGGGGCACCAGUAACAUUUCCACGAGAGCCUGGAUAUGUUUGCAGACUUGAAUCGUCGACUAUCUGCUGGCCUUUCUGAAUAAUUUGACAAUAAUUUGUGUUGAAUGCCUCAAACUCAAGUCAGUAUCCACUUCACAAUACUUGAAGCUCAACAACGGACAGCAAAACGAGUUUUGUCGACCAUAUUCACUGUACUUGUUGAGAGACCCGAUGGUCAUUUUAUGAUUUGUUUCUAAAUACAUGAGCUAUGUUUGAAGAUAACUGUUGAAAACAAUUCCGGGUGCUCACAUAAUAUAGACACUUAUGGGGAGUUAAGUGUUGAUUAAACACGGUGAGAGAACUAAUGUGUUUGUUCGACAGUGAAUGUCAGCUUCAGCGGACACGCCAACAGUGUCCUGCACUUGCAAGGCUCUAUUUUCCAUGAUUAUUUUCAUAUACUGUAUUUAGGGGGGGGGUUCAUUCAUUGGCAUCAGCCUUGAAGAUGUUCACAAUGCUCUUGUGCUGUUACAAAGCAUUUUCUUUCUUUAAUAAAGCGAAUAUGUAUUUGUGGUUG